AUGCCAAACAAGUUUAGUACUCUGAUUGAUCAAUCCGUCUAUACCAUUCCUUCCUUCAAACUCGAAUGCGGAACCACACUCAGAGAGGUGCCGGUCGCCUACAAGACAUGGGGGAAGCUAAACGAUGCCAAGGACAAUGUCAUGAUCAUAUGUCAUGCCUUCACUGGGAGCGCUGAUGUCGAGGACUGGUGGGGACCGCUGAUGGGCCGGGGGAAGGCAUUCGACCCUAAUCGCUUCUUUAUCUUCUGUGCCAACGUUCUUGGGUCCCCGUAUGGUUCUGCGUCGCCCAUCACUGUCAACCCAGACACUGGCCGAUUGUACGGGCCAGAGUUUCCGCCUACCACUAUCCGAGACGAUGUUCGAAUACACAAACUCGUGCUAGACCACCUAUCCGUCACAUCUGUUGCCGUAGUGAUAGGUGGCUCCAUGGGAGGCAUGGCCGUCCUUGAAUGGUCCCUCUGUUCACCUCCAGGAUACAUCCGGCAUGUUAUCCCCCUCGCUACGUCCGCUCGGCACUCGGCGUGGUGCAUCAGCUGGGGUGAGGCCCAAAGGCAGAGUAUAUACAGCGACCCGGGGUAUCACGAUGGGUUUUAUGACACUCAGCCCGCGUCGGGGCUAGCGGCGGCGCGCAUGAGCGCGCUGCUUACAUAUCGUUCGAGGGACUCGUUUGAGAGCCGGUUUGGGAGGAAGCCGCAGCCAUCCUCGACUGCAUCGAUAGGAACAGUUGUGGGCACGCUAACUCCCCCUGCGUCGCCCGAUGGCGCCCUGGCGGUACAUAACGAUGGUCAUCGGAAUGCCAAGCCGAGAUACGCGACAACUCGGGGCGAUUCGAGCCCGUCAGGGAGCGGUACGGUGACGCCCUCGCAGAAGAGCGCCCCGAUCUUCUCUGCACAGUCGUACCUCCGCUAUCAAGGAGACAAAUUCACAGCCCGCUUCGACGCAAACUGUUACAUCCACAUCACUCGUAAAAUGGACACGCACGACCUUGCUCGUGGGCGUGUAUCUAUUCCCAAUUCUACCUCUGAAGAGGGCGCUGCGCUGCGCGGGGUUUUGUCCACCAUCCCCCCUCGCGCACUAAUAAUCGGCAUAGCCACCGACGGGCUGUUUACCACCACUGAGCAGCGGGAAUUGGCAGAUGCGAUUCCCAACGCGGAGCUGGUGGUGAUAUAUUCCCCGGAUGGACAUGAUGGGUUCUUGUUAGAGUUUGAGGCUAUCAACACGCAUAUUCUGAGGUUUUUGAAGAGGGAGUAUCCAGGGUAUUAUAGCGGUUUGGAUGAAGAGCAAAUUGGGGAAGAGGGAUUCGACAUUAAGAAAACGAGUUUGUUUGGGGAGGCGGAGGUUGAUAUUACGAGAUGGUAGGUUGGGUGUAUUGUGGGUCGAAUCUAGGAUGCUGCCACCUAUUCAACGAUACGAAAAUAAUGACGGUAUUUCACAUCCUAAGUACGAAAGCGAUAGACGGACUAGAUAGAUAGAUUUUACAUGUGGCUCUGGUGACAAAACGUACAGCAAGGGAGAGUUAAAGAGUGUAAUUUAAAUCAGCAGGAAAUUAAGAAGUCUGGGUUUGGGAGCGAUGCGAUAAAUUUUGUUGAGUCCAUAUAUUUACAGCAAACCAGCUGCUCGUAGAUCCCUCGUCAGUCUUGCUUCCUGCAGCACCUGCUGGGACACGGACUGAGCGCUGUGCGGUGUCUGCGCACCUGGAGCAUCCCCUAAACUGAGUCCGAAAACGUUCUCCAUAUUGCGCCUGAUAGCGAGAUCUCGUU